AUAAAACCGAUCAAAGCCGUACGGAGUUUCUGGGAGGGUGGUCGCGUUACGCUCGGAACUUUCUUAAACGGACGGAAUCCUUUCGAGUAGUAUAUAUAUACACACACACACACACACACAUAUAUAUGAUUCGGUUCGCGUAUCGACAAAAGUAAAAAGAAAGAAAAAGAAAAAUGACGAAACGUCGUGUGAUUUGACAGUGAAAAAACACUUGAUGGAAAAAGUGCCUCGGUAUUCUGUGAUAUCCGGAUUCUGGUCAGCGGACCGACAUUGGUAAUCAGUGAACGGAAGGAAGGCUCGAGGCGUGGAACGCGAAAGGGUGAGACAGGGGUGAACCGGCGGAGGGUGAGGCUGAAGUGAUGACGGGCGAGGAAGGAAAGUGCGGGGGUGGAACUGGCGCUGGUGGGGAUGCCGGUGUAGGGAACACGAACCUUACCGACAACGUGAACAAUGUUAACGCCAAUGUUCAUGCGAAUGUUAAUGCCAACAUAAAUGUCAGCCAGCAGAAUGGGGGACCGGAAAAAGCGCCUGUCGUCGGCGGUACCAAUGUGGAGACGUUACCUCGCGCUGGCAAACAGAGCGAUCCCAGCACGGCGUUCCUUCGUGCGGCUCGCGCAGGGCAGCUGGAAAAGGUUUUGGAAUAUCUGGAAUCGGGAGUGGACAUCAACGCUUCGAAUGCUAACGGCUUGAACGCUUUACACCUGGCAGCUAAAGAUGGACAUUUGGAAAUUGUCCGAGAACUUCUCAACCGUGGUGCGGUGGUCGAUGCUGCUACCAAAAAAGGAAACACGGCAUUACAUAUCGCUUCUCUUGCUGGACAAGAGGAGGUGGUACAGUUGCUGAUACAACGAGGUGCUUCUGUGAAUGCACAAUCACAAAAUGGGUUUACACCGCUGUACAUGGCUGCGCAGGAAAAUCAUGAUUCUGUGGUCAAGUUCCUCCUGAGUAAAGGCGCCAACCAAACAUUGGCUACUGAGGAUGGCUUCACCCCAUUGGCAGUAGCGAUGCAACAGGGUCAUGACAAAGUAGUAGCAGUUCUAUUGGAAAACGACACUCGUGGUAAAGUUCGAUUGCCUGCCCUCCACAUUGCUGCCAAGAAAGACGAUUGCAAGGCAGCUGCCCUACUUUUACAAAACGAUCACAAUCCCGACGUAACAUCGAAAAGCGGUUUUACACCGCUGCACAUAGCUGCGCAUUACGGUAACGAUCGAAUUGCUUCCUUGCUUUAUGACAGAGGAGCGAACGUGAACUUCGCGGCAAAGCACAAUAUCACACCGAUGCACGUCGCGGCAAAAUGGGGAAAAAUAAAAAUGGUGAACCUUCUGAUGAGCAAAGGAGCAAAUAUCGAAGCGAAAACGAGAGACGGUCUUACGCCUCUUCAUUGCGCCGCACGAUCUGGCCAUCACGAAGUUGUUGACAUUUUAAUCGAGAAGGGUGCACCGAUUGGCUCGAAAACGAAGAAUGGUCUUGCACCGUUACACAUGGCUUCUCAAGGAGACCACGUUGACGCCGCGAGGAUAUUAUUGUAUCAUCGAGCACCCGUGGAUGAAGUGACGGUAGAUUACUUGACGGCGCUACACGUGGCAGCUCAUUGCGGACACGUACGAGUGGCUAAGCUUCUACUCGAUAGAAAUGCUGAUCCAAAUGCACGAGCUCUAAACGGCUUUACUCCACUUCACAUUGCCUGCAAGAAGAACAGACUGAAGGUCGUUGAGCUCCUCUUAAAGCACAAAGCCAGCAUCGAAGCCACUACAGAGUCUGGAUUGACGCCUCUACAUGUAGCAAGCUUCAUGGGGUGCAUGAACAUAGUGAUUUAUUUACUGCAACAUGCAGCUAGUCCCGAUAUACCGACAGUAAGAGGCGAAACGCCUUUGCAUUUAGCUGCCAGAGCGAAUCAGACUGAUAUUAUCAGGAUACUUCUUAGAAAUGGUGCCCAAGUUGAUGCCAGAGCAAGGGAGGAACAAACACCGCUUCACGUUGCUUCUCGAUUGGGCAACGUUGAUAUCGUAAUGUUGUUACUUCAACACGGUGCCGAUGUAGAUGCCACGACGAAAGAUUUAUAUACACCGCUUCAUAUUGCUGCUAAAGAAGGUCAAGAAGAGGUUGCAUCCGUUUUGUUAGAAAACGGCGCAUCGCUUACCGCAACGACCAAAAAGGGAUUCACUCCUUUACACUUGGCAGCUAAGUAUGGUAAUAUGAAUGUAGCAAGAUUACUAUUACAGAAGAAUGCACCAGUUGAUGCCCAAGGAAAGAAUGGAGUGACUCCGCUUCACGUGGCAUCUCAUUAUGAUCAUCAAAAUGUAGCAUUGCUUCUACUUGACAAGGGUGCAUCGCCUCACGCCAUGGCUAAAAAUGGUCAUACACCGUUACACAUUGCUGCACGUAAGAAUCAGAUGGAUAUCGCGACUACUUUAUUGGAGUACGGAGCAAAAGCAAAUGCAGAAUCAAAAGCAGGAUUUACGCCGCUACAUUUGAGUGCACAAGAAGGCCACACCGAUAUGUCAACGCUUCUCAUUGAGCACAAAGCAGAUACAAAUCACAAAGCAAAAAAUGGUCUCACACCGCUCCAUUUGUGCGCACAAGAAGAUAAAGUUAAUGUUGCUUCUAUUCUCGUUAAAAAUGGUGCUCAGAUUGAUGCUAAAACAAAGGCUGGUUAUACUCCGCUACACGUGGCAGCUCACUUUGGUCAGGCAGCGAUGGUACGAUUCCUUUUACGAUCUGGAGCAGUUGUUGACAGUAGUACGAAUGCUGGAUAUACUCCGUUGCAUCAAGCUGCUCAACAGGGUCAUACAUUAGUGAUUAAUUUAUUGCUGGAGGGUAAAGCGAAACCGAAUACUACUACUAAUAAUGGACAAACGGCUUUAGAUAUUGCACAAAAACUUGGUUACAUUAGUGUCAUCGAGACGUUAAAGGUAGUUACGGAAACUGUCAUUACAACGACUCAUACUGUUACUAUUGAAGAAAAAUACAGAGUACAAGCUCCUGAAUCAAUGCAAGAGACGUUUAUGAGCGAUAGCGAAGACGAAGGAGGUGGUGAUGAAAUCGGCAUGGCAGCCAUGAAUGUGUACGGGCAGCCUCCACACGCGCAACACGUGUACCUUCCUUCUUACUACCAGGGCCAAAUGACCUAUACCCGUGAAGAUCCGAUGCUCAGCGACCAACAGCAAUACAGAUACAUGACUGUUGACGACAUGAAGUCCAUGGGUGAUGAUUCGAUGCGUGUCAACGUGACAGACGACGAGAGGGACAAUCGACAUUCCGGUGCACCGACGAUAACCGAGAUGAUCACGAAAGAAAAUUAUCAACGUACAAACGCUGCCAAUCUCAAACUAGACAAUGUUGAUAUUAAUAGGCACCCAGUGCACGUCGGAGCGUCCCUAGAGUCCUUAAACACAUCGCUGGCAGCUCUUGGUCAUACCAUGUCGAAAGGACAAGGAAUGUGGAGGGACAGCUUCCUGGUUUCCUUUCUGGUGGAUGCACGAGGUGGUGCGAUGCGUGGCUGCCGACACAGCGGUGUACGCGUGAUCGUCCCACCAAGAAAAGCUGCAAUGCCUAUGCGAGUCACCUGCAGAUACCUGAGAAGGGACAAACUGACGAACCCACCGCCUUUGAUGGAAGGAGAAGCUCUUGCCAGUCGUAUUCUCGAACUAGGACCCGUGGGUGCCAAGUUCUUAGGGCCCGUCAUUAUAGAAGUGCCGCAUUUUGCUUCGUUGCGAGGCAAGGAACGAGAAAUAGUAAUACUUCGAUCGGACAAUGGAGAAACUUGGCGUGAGCACACCUUGGAAGCCAGCGAGGAGGCUGUCCAAGAUGUGCUUAACGAGAGCUUUGAAGGAGAAGAAUUAAGCCAACUCGAGGAUCUCCAGACUUCGCGAAUCGUAAGGAUACUCACCGCAGACUUCCCACAUUACUUCGCAGUAGUGUCACGCAUCAGGCAAGAGGUUCACGCGGUUGGUCCAGAAGGUGGUACAGUUUCUUCGUCGGCGGUGCCACAAGUUCAAGCUGUUUUCCCACCAGCAGCUCUCACUAAAAAGAUUCGUGUCGGGCUCCAGGCACAUCCGAUACCAGCGGAUCUUGUGGCCAAGCUACUUGGUAACAGAGUAGCGGUAUCGCCGAUCGUAACCGUCGAGCCAAGGCGAAGAAAAUUCCACAAACCGAUAACCUUAACCAUACCGGUGCCGCAGGCAGCCAACAAAGGCAUGAUCAAUCAAUAUUCAGGAGACGCGCCAACGUUGAGACUUCUGUGCAGCAUAACUGGUCGUUCAGGGGGUCAGUCUCGGGCAGUCUGGGAGGAUGUCACCGGUUCGACGCCAUUGACGUUCGUGAAAGAUUGCGUUUCCUUUACUACCACGGUAUCUGCUCGCUUCUGGUUAAUGGAUUGUCGGAAUAUCUCCGAAGCCACGAAAAUGGCUACGGAGUUAUACACACACGCGACACAUGUACCUUUCAUGGCUAAAUUCGUAGUAUUUGCAAAGCGAGUAGAUCCACUGGAGGCGAGGCUGCGUGUAUUUUGCAUGACCGACGACAAGGAAGACAAGACUCUGGAAAAUCAGGAGCACUUCACGGAAGUAGCAAAGAGCCGAGACGUCGAGGUGUUGGAAGGUAAAACGCAGUACAUGGAGUUUUCGGGUAACCUUGUGCCAGUGUUGAAGAGCGGCGAGCAGCUUCAAUUGCCGUUCAGAGCCUUCAAGGAGAAUCGAGUUCCGUUCACGGCGAGAAUCAAGGACCCGGACGCUGCGGACAUGAUGGGCCGCAUAAUGUUCAUGAGCGAGCCGAAGGUACCCAAGGGCGAGCUGCCGCAGACGCCUAUAUGCACGCUGAAUAUUUUAUUGCCGGAGAAGAUCUCUCCAGAGCCGGCUGCCUCGGAGGUCGACCUGCUCGAGCUCUCGAAGAACUAUAGUUUUCUACGCGACGGCGGCAUAAGUCGUCCAGACGCUAUUCACAGAGCGACUAUUCGAUUGACCGACAUUGCGAAUCUGUUGGACAAAGACUGGGAGAAACUCGCGGAGGAAUUAAAUAUCCCGCCGAACGAGGUGUCGACGAUUAAGCAAGAGUAUGCUAACAAGCCAGCUCAGCAGGCUGCAGCGAUGCUCAAAGUUUGGCAGAACAAUGGAAACAAAGCUACAGGGAAUACCUUAGAAAAAGCGCUGAACAAAAUUGGCCGCGAGGAUAUUGUGAAAAAGUGUAUAUUCAAUGUCGAAUUGGUCACCGACGACGUAGAAAAGGCCGUCGCGAGAGUUCGACUGGAUCAACCUGGAUUCGAUUCGUUGAAAGAAGAAUUGGGUCCUUCGAGGGACACCUCUCUUCGCCGCGAUGCGACGAUGGAUCCACAGAUGAAUCCUGAUUACGACGAUACCAACAAAAACAAGGAAUCGGGAUCUAUAGAAGACCUCAAUAUUAGUGGCACUAAACAAGAUACAUCGAAACAGCAUGUCACAAUCACAAACGGCACUGUAUUCAGUGGAACCUCGACCCCCAUCAAAGAUAAAUACGCAAGCGAAGAGAAAGAAUUAGGGGACGUAAUGGCCGAUUUUCUCGAGCACAAGUGUCACGUUGCCGACACGAUGAGCAAAAAGUUGCGCGACGAACUUGACGACAAAGACAAAAAACGACAGAGGGUGAUCGAGGAUGCCAACAAGAUAGUCUCUGGUAAGUGAUUUGAGCAGACGCGGAGAAAGAGAAG